AUGGCCUCCUGGUUCAGCUGGAAUGAGCCUUAUUACCGGAGCCCCCGGCGGGAUCCGGCCGACGUGGUCACCGACACCCUGAUGCUGGAGUUCGGCUGGCAGCUGAAGGAGGCGGAGAGGCGGCAGAGGGAGAGGGAGAACGAGUACCGGCGCCUCAAGACCGGAGUGGACUACAGCUGGCUGGCCAGCACGCCUCGCUCCUGCUACAGCAUCAGCACCGGGGAGAGGAUCGGCCUGGAGGACCUGUGCUCCAAGGUGCCGCCGUCCUGCUGCGGGCUGGUCAUACUCAAGUUCAGGGAGGUCAUGCAGUCCGACGAGCCCGAGGUGCAGGAGGUGCCCGGCCUGUUCCGUUCCAUCCUCCUGGAGGCCCUGGACGACCUGAAGGAGGAGCAGGAGGCACAGCGGCUUGCCCGCCAGUGGAACAACAAACGCUCCAUGAGCAUGUCCCUGAUGAACUUCAGGUCUCGGAUCAAGAUCAACCCCUUCGGGAGCACGGUGGGGCUGACCUCCACUGUGGCCGUUGGGGCGGGGCUGAGCGACCUCAAAACGGUGUCAGAGGACGUGGAGAGAGGGAUGGAGAGGGAGGAGAGGUUGCAGAGGGUAUGGAGCAUGCCUGACUUCAGAUACAAAGGAACCAGCAGCAGUAAGGUUGCUUGAUGUGGGACGUUUGAGUGGGACAGAUGCUGAUCUCCAGGACUGUGCUGCAGUACAUUGAGUUCGCACCAGGCGAGGGAGGACGAAU